UCCUCGCCAAUACUCUGCUCCGCUAGAGUGUCACAGACUCUCGCAAACGCCUCAGAACACCAGAUCCAGGAUCUCGUCUCCAGCCAGUUUACCCGUCACCAACGUCCAACACCGCAACCAUGGCUUCCCUCGUCAACGUCCGCCGCGAUGUCAGCGACCCUUUCUAUCGCUACAAGAUGGAGCGCCUCCAGACCAAGAUCGAAGGCAAGGGCAACGGAAUCAAGACCGUUGUUGUCAACCUGACCAGCGUCGCCCAGUCCCUGGCCCGCCCGGGCUCCUACUUGAUCAAGUACUUCGGCUUCGAGCUUGGCGCUCAGACCAACCUUGACCCCGCUGACGACCGCUGGAUCAUCAACGGCGCCCACGAGGCCAACAAGCUUCAGGAGCUCCUGGACGGUUUCAUCUCCAAGUUCGUUCUCUGCAAGAAGUGCAAGAACCCCGAGACCGACGUCCACAUCAAGGAUGGCCGCAUCAUGCUCGACUGCAAGGCCUGUGGCCAGCGCUCCGAGGUCGACUUGCGCUUGAAGCUUAGCGGCUUCAUGCUCAAGAACGUGCCCAAGAAGACCAAGAAGGACAAGGCUGAGCGCCGCGCUGCCCGCAAGGCCAAGCAGAACGGCAAGGGCGAGGAGAACGGCUCCGGAGGCGAUGACAACUCGGACCAGGCCUCGCCCAUGGCCGAUGACAAGGGCAUCGAGAGUGACGACGACGCCUUGACCCGCAAGAUCAAGUCCGAGGCCCACGUCCUCGAGAACAAGCAGGUCGAGGUCAAGGACGACGACUGGGCUGUGGACAUGAGCGAGGAGGCCGUCAAGGCACGCCAGCAGCAGCUCCCCGGCGAGUUCAAGCAGAAGCUCGUUCUGAACGGCGAUGACGAGGACGAGGAGGGCGAGGGCGGUGGAAACACCGUCUACGACCAGCUGGGCACCUGGAUCAUGGAAGAGGCUGAGACCAAGGGCGGCGUUAACAAUGUUGACGACAUUGACCUUUACGUCAAGGCCAAGGAGCUGGGCAUCGAGUCCAAGCACCGCACCGUUCUCGUGCUUGUGCAGACCGUCUUCGACGAGAACAUCUGCACCCAGAUCGGCAAGCGCGCUCCGAUGUUGAAGAGGAUUGUCACCUCUGAGCGUCACGAGAAGGCUCUUCUUGGCGGUACCGAACGCCUGAUCGGCACCCUGAGCGAGGGGCACCCCGACGUGUACGAGAAGGUUGUCAAGAUUCUGCAGCUCUACUACCACCACGACCUCAUCUCCGAGGAGGUCGCCACCAAGUGGGGUUCCAAGGCUUCCAAGAAGUACGUCGACCUGUCCACCUCCAAGAAGGUCCGCAAGGCCGCCGAGCCCUUCAUCAAGUGGCUCCAGGAGGCCGAGGAGGAGUCCGACGAGGAGUAAACCUCAGGCUCCCUUGCCACAGGUCUGCGUUGGGGACUGGCUGUAGUGCUUGGCUUUAAAGAUUGAUAUUUCGCAUUGCCAUUCCCCUCUAGAGUAGGGCAGAAGACGGGGUUUCCUAGUCCAUGUCCUAUCCUUGGUAUGCUGUCUCGGCUACAUGUUCGAGAUGCGGCUUUGGUCCGCGGCCUAGAUGGUUUACAGAAAAAGAUUGUUUCUUGUAUGCUAGUUUGCUUUCGCUGGGAUGGGGAUUCGGUCGUCGUGCAAUGCCACUCAAUCAUGCUUUCUUAAC